AUGGAGUUUGAGGUCCCCACAUUGAGAUACGUUCAAAGAGGACAAGAGGAGGGACAUUCUUGGUUUAGUACCACCGUUAGUUCACCUCCAGGUUCUGCCGAUGAUCUGACCCCUCAUCUCAUUGAGGAAUCAUUUCACAUAGUUGAAAAAGGUGUGCCGGAGAGUGAGUGCCCGACGGAGAAGAAACUAUCUUGGCUUCGUUCUCAGAUUAUUGGCCGCGAUUCUCAAUUUGACACGCCUCUCGGAAAGCGCAGGCUCACGUAUGCCGAUCACACUGCCUCCGGCCAGUGUCUUCACUACAUUGAAAACUACAUCAUCAACAAAGUUCUUCCUUCCUAUGGAAAUAGUCACACUAGUGACAGUUACGUGGGGCACAAGACAACAAAAACAGUGCAUGAAGCAUCUAAGUACGUCAAGAAAUGCUUAGGAGGCAGCCAAGAUGAUGCCCUAAUAUUUUGUGGCUCGGGCACAACUGCAGCUAUUAAACGGCUCCAAGAAGUCAUGGGAAUCGCGAUCUCUUCAAAAUUGAGGGAAAAAGUAUUGAGUAUCCUUAGCAAUAUAGAAAGAUGGGUAGUUUUCGUCGGGCCUUAUGAGCACCACUCCAACAUCCUCUCAUGGAGGCAAAGCUUGGCAGAGGUGAUAGAGAUUGGUUUGGAUGAGAAUGGCUUGUUAGACAUGAAUGCUCUGAGACUACAACUUAACUUUUAUCAGUGCGAAAACCGGCCAAUGUUAGGUUCUUUCUCUGCUUGUAGUAACGUCACCGGAAUUUACUCCGACACAAGAGCUCUUGCUUGUCUUCUCCACCAAUAUGGAGGUUUUGCAUGCUUUGAUUUUGCAGCAAGUGGUCCUUAUGUGGAGAUCAACAUGAGAUCGGGAGAGAUUGAUGGCUACGACGCCGUUUUUCUUAGUCCGCACAAGUUUCUCGGAGGGCCGGGGUCUCCGGGCAUCCUUCUGAUGAACAAGGCCCUUUAUCAGCUCAAGGAUUCUGCUCCAUCAACUUGUGGAGGAGGAACUGUUGAUUUUGUCAAUGGUUUCAAUGAAAAGGCAAGUGGUAUCUGUUACAAGUUUUAUGCUUGCCGGAGUAUAUAUUCUCUCGGAACCAAGUUUUUUAUCGACUUGGACACAUUAUAUUCGAAAAACAUAGAAGAAAGAGAAGACGCUGGAACUCCACCGAUUAUCCAGAAAAUUAGAACAGCAUUGGCAUUCUGGGUGAAGGAAUACAUUGGUCACAAACAAAUUGAAAGGCAAGAGGACAUCUAUAUUGAACGAGCACUAGCAAGGUUGCUUCCGAAUCCGAAUAUAUGGAUUUUAGGAAAUACGAGCGCAAAACGACUAGCUAUCCUGUCUUUUCUCGUUUACUCGACUACGUAUAUUCCAUCGGUUAAUACAAAUAUUGAGGAGAAUUUAGAUGGAGAAGAGAUCACAAAGGGACUUUACCUAUGGAGAGAGACAGGUAAUAAGAGAGAUAAGCCUCUCCAUGGGCCUUUCGUUGCAAGCCUCCUCAAUGAUCUCUUCGGCAUCCAGGCUCGAGGUGGGUGCGCGUGUGCAGGACCCUAUGGUCACAGACUACUCAAUGUCGACGAGUCGCGGUCACUCGCCUUCAAAGCCGCUAUUCAAAUGGGUUACAAUGGAAUGAAGCCAGGAUGGACAAGAAUCAGCUUCCCCUACUACAUGUCCAAUGAAGAAUUUGAGUUCAUCUUAGCAGCACUGGAGUUCACUGCCAUUUAUGGCCAGCGCUUCCUUCCAUUGUACCACUUCAACUGGAAAACUGGUUCGUGGACUUUUAAGAAGAAAAUGAAGGAAAAACUCCAAAGGACAGAAAGUGGUUUAGUAAUGGCCAGUUUGAAGCUGGCUUCAGAAAUAGAAUGUAACGAACUGAGAAAACACAAUGACACAGACAUCGAAGGUGUUGGUGUGAUAUAUGAGUAUGCUGUGUAUUUGGAGACUGCAAAGCGCAUAGCCAGCUUUCUUCCCAAGUUCCCGCCUCGACGUCGGAUUCCGAAAGACAUAGACCUUGACCUAAUGCCCUUCCGAGUCUAG